AUGCCAAUAAAUUCUGUUAAUAACAAUGACAUUAAAAAAAAAGUCACAAAAAAUGUUAAAAAUCAUAAAUGUUUUGAUUAUACAAAUUCAUAUGCAAAAUCAAGUGUUGUUACAAUACCACAUAAAAGUAAACAAAUAACACCAGAAGAAAAAUUUAAACGUUAUUACAGUAAAAAUGUUGUAAUUUCAACAAUAAUAUCAUGUAUAUUGACACUAUUUGCAUUUGGAAUUUAUGAAAAACAAGGAUUUAGAAUUGCAUUUUUUAAAGUACUUCCUCGACAUUUAAUAGUAAACUGGCAUCAUAUUUUAUAUAGCAAACAUUAUCACAGUAAUAUUGAUAAUAUUGAUGAUUUAAAAAGGUCAAAUCAUCAAGUAUUUGUUGCCAAUGAAUUUAAGCAUUAUUUAAAUAAUUUUUCACGAAAUUAUAGUAUUUAUUUAGCAUCUGAUUUUUGUUCAUGUGUAUUGUUAAAUAAUUUAAAUGCAACAUGUGUUGGUCGUCGUGAUUAUGAAGCAGCAACAAGAUAUUAUUUACACAUGUCGAAAGAAACAGUUGCUGAUUUUAAUGAAACACAAUUAAUGCUUCUUGAAAAGUUUGGUGUUACUAGAAUUGCUCAUUUAUCUAAACGAGAACAGCAAUGGUACUCUCUCACUAUGGAUUUAGCACACGCAGUUCAAGUGGCUAAUUCCAAAAUAGCGACUUUAAAGAAAUUAAAAACACUUCAAAAGCUACCAUGGAAUCAAAUAAAUAAUCUUCCAGAAUCUAUUCAAACGUUUGUUUUAGGACAAGUAAAAAAUGCUACAAAAAAUGCAUAUGCGCGUCAGUGGUCUUUAGAAGAUAAGUUGACUUUUUAUGCCAUCAAGAAACAUAGCAACGUUGCAUACCAGUUCUUGUCUCAAAUAUUCUGUGUCCCUUGUGAAGAAACAAUACGUAAAUUUGGUGCUGAUAUUGUCUUUAAACCAGGACACAAUGAAGCAAUCUAUAAGUCAAUAGCUGAGCGGGCUCGUAGAAAAGGUUGGUCUCUACUUAGUUAUUUGAAUUUUGAUGAAACUUUCAUAAGAGCAGACCUGGAGUAUGAUCCAGCAUCUGGUACAAUUUAUGGUGUUACUGAUAAUGGUUCUGUAAGAGAGCAAACUAUUGCUAAUCAUGCACUGGUGUUUAUGUUAAAGAGUAUAACAGGUCAAUGGAAGCAACCAGUGUAUUAUUCUUUUUGUAGAUCUUCAUCUUCUACGUCUGAGAUAAAGACUGCGUAUGUGGAUGUUGUUCGGAAAGCUAAAGCUGCAGGCAUAAAAGUGAUAGGAUCUGUCUGUGAUCAGGGGGCUACAAACGUAUCUGCCAUGAAACAAUUGAGCAAGGAAACACGUUGUUUCAGGCACGAUGUUGAAACAGAUGAAAUUAUUAUAACCGUGGAUGGUCAUAAUAUAUUUCAUGUAUAUGAUAUUCCUCAUCUCAUUAAAAAUUUAAGAAAUAACUUACUGGUAAAAAAUUUGAUAUUCCAAUUACCAGGACAGAUAGAGCGUGAAGCUUGCUGGGAUCAUAUAGUAAUGGGGUAUGAUAUUGAUCGGAUUAAGAAUUCUAAAAAAUACCGAGAGUUGAGUAAACUCACUGAAUUGCAUGUAAGAGCAAAACUAAUUCCGAAAAUGAAGGUAAAGUAUGCUACUCAAGUAUUCAGCAACACUGUAGGAAAAAGAAUUCGUGCGAUGGCAAUAGAUAAAGCAAGUAUAAAAAACAAAAAUAACGACAUUAUAAAAGAAAUGCCACCAGAAGGAGAACAUACUGGAGAACUUCUUAUCUUUAUAAAUGAAGUCUUUGACAGUCUGCAAUGCCAAAAAAUUAGUACGUCAAGCUCAGACGACAUGUGGAACAAAUACAAAAACGUUUUCAAAUGGCAUAUGAAAAGUGAUUACUAA